AAUUUAUACUAACCAAGAGUUUAAUAUAUUAAAUUCAAUGUUGAGUCUGAAAGAAAUUAUAAAUUUAGGUUUACAUUUAAGAAAAUAUUUAACGAGCAGUGCAACGCAGCUGCUGCCAACAAUAAAGAUGCGCAAUGUAUAUAAAGUUGAGGAUUCAAAUACGUUAGAGAUAGCUUGUAAAUUGCUUUGUGAUGAUAAAGUUAUAGGAUUACCAACGGAUACGGUUUAUGGUUUAGCAUGUGAUGCCAAUAAUGAAAAAGCAAUACAAAAAGUUUACGAUAUAAAAGGACGUCAUUUCGACAAGCCUGUUUCAAUAUGUGUGAAGAAUCUUACAGCAUUACGACGAUUUGGAGAUGCACGACAUCUUGAAGAUGAACUUCUUAAGCGUUUAUUUCCAGGACCAAUAACUAUUGUUAUUGAACGUACAAACCAUUUAAGUAAUCAGUUUCUUAAUCCAAAGAGUAGCAAAAUUGGUAUAAGAAUACCAGAUUAUCAGUUUAUACGAAAUCUAUGUGAAAUGUAUAAUGCACCUUUGGCAUUGACAAGUGCAAAUCGCUCUUCUGAAAAGAGUAGUUUAAAUGUUGAUGAAUUUAGUGGGCUUUGGCCAGAGCUCGGGGCUGUUUUUGAUGCUGGACAAAUUGGUCUUACUGAAGAGAGAAGAUCCGCUUCCACAGUCAUUGAUUUAUCACAACCAGGAUUUUAUAAAAUACUUCGUGAAGGUGUUGCAUUAAACGACACAUUAGAAAUUUUACAAGAAUUUGGUAUAAAACCUAAUAAAAAUUCUUGAGUUCUAUUUAAAUGCAGAAAAAUUAUAAAUAAGUAA